CAGGUUAAUCUCCCGGCUCAUACAAAGGCCACCCACUCCCCCUCUCUUCCCGACUCGCUUUUGCUUCUCUCUGUUCUCUUUCAUUCAAGACCAGACUUCUUUGCCUGCUUGAAGCAUCCCAUUGACUUCGGUCAGCCACUCUUUUAUCACAAAGCAACACCCCCAACUAGCCACACUCUCUUUCAUCAACUACUACCGCAACACACUUGUUUGUGUUUCAGAUAUAAAACCAACUAUCAACCCACAGAAAAUUUCAACCUUGACGGUUCUUUUCACACAAAUCCAACAUUCAAGAUGCGUUUCUCCGUUGCUACCGUUGCUCUCUUCGCCAGCCUCGUUGCUGCCAUCCCCCAGGAUGUCGAGACCGUCUACUCCACCGAGGAUGUGACCAUUGUCUCCUGCGCUCCCACCGUUACCAACUGCCCCGGUACUCUGCACGCCACCUCCACCCCCGAGGCCGUUGCUGCCUCGACCACCGGUGGCCCUGAGGGUGUCUCCCCCGUUGCUACCACCAGCUCCGCCUCCGAGGUUACCUCUGUUGCCACCACCCCCGCUGCCGGCAGCUCCCCUGCUGGUGGUUCCCCCGCUGGUGCCGCUCCCUCCGCUCCCUCCAGCGGUACUGGCGCUGCUCCCUCUGGCGCCGCUCCCUCCGGUGCUGCUCCUGGUGGCGCUGCUCCCUCUGGCCCUGCCAGCGGUGCCGGCUCUGUUCCCUCCGGCGCUGCUGCCGUCGGUACUGGCGCUGAGACCACUGCUGCUCCCUCCGUCACCGUCAUCCCCGUGACCACCUGCAUUCCCACCGUGAUCAUGUCCACCAGCACCAUCGGCGCUGGUUCCGGCUCCGGCUCCGGCUCCGGUGUUGGUGCCUACGGCUCUGGCUACCCCGGCGGCAAGCCCGCCAAGUCUUCCUCCCCCGUCAUCCCCAGCGGUGCCGCCGCCUGGGGCUCCGGCUACCCCAGCGGCAGUGCUACCCCCUCGGCCUCUGCUGCCCUCUACACCGGUGCUGCCAGCUCCGUCAACGGCAACGGCUUCGCUUUCGCUGGUGCCGCCGCUGCCGCCGCUUUCUUCCUGGCUUAGAUUCCCCCUUCUUGUUUAUAGUAGCCCCGGGUCACUCCUGAGUCCGGUUGCCGCUAUGGGCGGGGAACUUGGGCGUGUGAAUGGUGAAGAGUGGCGGGGGUUGGUCCAUACUUUUUAGAUGCGGUU